UUGCACAAUCGAUAACUCUAUAAUCAUAUCUUCUGUGCUUCCGGGCUUCCGGCAACUGAUUCUAUGAGUACACGACUUCUCUUCAGUGGAACUCCAUAUUCCACCCUUCCCCACAAAUAUAUCCGCCCGGAAUCCGAAAGGCCAAAGCUGUCAGAAGUAGCCACCUGCGACGAUGUUCCGGUCAUUGAUUUAGGCUGCGGGGACAGAAACUUAAUCGUCCGACAAAUAGGCGAUGCCUGCCGCCAUUACGGAUUCUUCCAGGUAAUAAACCAUGGGGUGUCAAAGAAAGUAAUAGAGGAUAUGUUAAAGGUAGCCCAUGAGUUCUUCAACCUAUCGGUGGAGGAGAAGAUGAAGCUCUACUCCGACGACCCAUCAAAGACCAUGCGACUAUCCACAAGCUUUAACGUUAAAAAGGAAACCGUUCAUAACUGGAGAGACUACCUCAGACUUCACUGUUAUCCUCUUGAAAAAUAUGCUCCUGAAUGGCCAUCCAAUCCCCCUACUCUGAGGGAUGCCGUUAAAAUUUACGUGACGGAAGUUCGACAGGUGGGAUUCAAAAUAGAGGAAGCCAUAUCAGAAAGCUUAGGCCUGGACCCACAAUGUUUCAAGAAUGUGCUGGGCGAGCAAGGUCAACACAUGGCGGUCAACUUCUACCCGCCAUGCCCCGAACCCGAAUUGACGUACGGGUUACCCGCUCACACCGACCCGAAUGCUCUCACCAUCCUUCUUCAAGACUUGCAGGUCGCCGGCCUUCAGGUCCUCAAGGACGGCAAGUGGUUGGCCGUCAAACCCCGCCCGGACGCCUUUGUCAUCAACAUCGGCGACCAACUCCAGGCUCUCAGUAACGGGAAGUAUAAGAGUGUGUGGCAUAGAGCUAUAGUGAAUACAGAUAAACCAAGAAUGUCGGUGGCUUCAUUCCUCUGCCCCGGUGAGGACGCCCUAAUCAGCGCCCCUAAACCACUCCUCGGCGACGGAAUGCCGGCGGUUUAUCGGGACUUUACAUAUCCAGAGUAUUACAGUAAGUUCUGGAGCAGGAACCUGGAUCAAGAACACUGUUUGGAACUCUUUAAGAACUAGUUGGCACUAAAUGCGACUAAAGUUUCGUCGGCUUAUUGACUUGAUAAUCACAAGGUUCUAAAUUUGGCUCAUUGAUUUUCUUGAUUGAAUUAAUCAAUUCUGACCAACUUAAAUUGAUUUAUCUCUGAUUAUCAAGACUUGUGCUGGUCAGGUAUGACAUCCUAAAUUAGUUUGUCAUUUUGUAAUUCUUAAUUUAUCAAUGGCCUUCAGUAUUGGUUACGAGCAUUUCUCCCUACCAGUAAAAUAAAAGUUAAAAAUAAAAAUCCAUGUACUAUUCCUUAGUAAUAGUUUAGUCUAAGUACCUGAUUUUAAGAUCCUUAAUAUAAUUUUAGUUUCAUUUUG